UGGGUAUUUUUGAUGAAUAAAUUAGAUUACUAGCCAGUAUUCUAAUCUAAUCUAUUCAUUUGACACACUGAUCCGGCUCACUUGCCAUCAAGAGCAGAGAAGUCGAUCUAGUUCAUAUUCUUUGGUGUAUGUAAUGUGUUAUGUUUGGCUCGGAGACGGGUUCGUCAUCCAACUCAGUAGGAUUGAUCAGAGCGAUCAGAGCGGACAGAACUGGUCGUCGCUCAGACGCUGCCUGUAUCGUCGACAACGAGGACUGAACAAUUGGCAAUGUCCCUUGUUGCUGAGGCGUCGGUCCGCUCCUUCGGAGAGGGAGAAUACUGCCUGGAAAGAGAUUGUUGGCCAGAGGGAGGUCCAGGUCAUUGGUUGGAGUAAAGCAAUUGAUUGGAGGUCGAAGUUUGACUGGAAAUUGGGGAUUGGCCGGGGUGGAGUUAUUGACAGAAAAUUGCAUCCCUUAUGCAUGGUUCACAACACAGACCCGAUUGGGGGCCUCGGGUGGACGGGAAAGUUUGGGCCUGGGGUCAUGGUUGCGUUUUCUUUUGGUCCAUUUGUGGCAGCCGCGGAAAAUGGGGGGAGUAUGCGUGUCGGCAGAACAACGGCAGCAGCCUGCCCAUGGUCAACAAAUCAACUCAGAAUACCGCCACCACCUAACCCAUUGUAAAUUAUCACUUAACGCAAUUACUCUCAUCAUUAGAUUCAGAUACAUCAGGAAAGUGUCCCCUUUCAUUACCCAGUCACCCUCUAUAAUAAAGUUCCACCAGACAUAACUUUUCUUAUUUUGCAAUCUAAGUCUCCACAUGAUCACCAAGCAUCCCCAAAUCCGGCAGCAGCACCAAUUUCAUCAACAUUAAUCAAAUCCACGCCCUCCGUCAUCAAUUGCCUCCAAAUGCCAUCCCUCGUACUAAUCGGCCAACCAGGUUGAUCCCAGUACCGCAACUUAAUCCCUUUAGCAUGGGCAGUCGCAACCUGAGCUCUCAACAACGCGACCUGCGUAUCAUUCA